AUGAGAUUUGUCAACAACAAGCACCCUACCCAUGCGAACCACGUACACGGCUCAGUUCAAUCACCAUUAGGAUGCAGUUGUGCGCGAUGAUUUUAUUAGAAUUACCUUCGCUCCGUGAUGUUCUGACGUUCUGAAUGUUUUGUAUGAAUAUGUCUGUACAUAUAUACCUUAGUUCAUCAUUUCGUAUAAAGAAAGUAUAUUAUAGAGAGGAAUCCAUAGACUCGGUUUCGGUUAUAUGUAUAAGGAUGUUUCGUCCGAUCUAAAGAGAAGGUACUUUUUGAUAGGGCCGAACGUCCUUACAUUUCAUGUAAAAGUGUUUUUCGUUUCGUUUGAAAAAAGUCUAGUUAAGAUUUUAAAAUGAUUUAGGAUCUUUUAAUUAACAGUUAUUCUACAUAAACAGCCUGGGUAAAUUUCAUUGGCUAAUACAUGUAACUGAUAAAGUUUGAGGUGAUUCCAAUGUGCGGAACAGCGUCACUGUGGGCGAAGUUAGCCCUAUUGGCUAUCGUUUUAUCCAUGAUAUUUUUCAUUGCUGGAUUUGCGACUACGUCCUGGAUGGUCUACGCUUUCUCGUCCGGGGCCAAAAUUCGGGUAGGAUUAUGGAAGGCGGAGGCGUGUACCUCGGCGGGAACUUGUGCUGACAGAACGGUACCGGACUCAUACAGGACAGAUGGCUACCGUGGAACUCAAGCGAUGGAAGUGAUAGCCCUCCUGAUACUCCUCAUAGCGCCCAUAGCUGUCCUCCUCUAUGUCGUGGGCGAAAACCUUAGGACCUGGACAUUCGCCUUCGUCUGUAUGAUGAUGUGCUUCUUCGCAGGUCUGUUCGUGACCAUAGGGAUGAUCCUGUGGCUGACGUAUGUGAUGACUCCUUUCUACGUAGGCUACUCCAUGGGUCUGACAGUGAUGGGGGGAAUCCUCGCUAUAAUAGCCGGCCUCCUCUUAAUCCCCGAGCUAGAAGAUGACAGCAACUACUAUGACGACAGCGACACGCCCCCUCCAACCAGACGCUCUGUCACGCCUCCUUCACGCUUGCCGUCGAGAAACCUCAGAUCCGAGCCUUUAAGGACCUAUCGCAGUUAGUCCCUAUCCUAUAGCCUACAGGCCUACCCCGAGGGCCAUAUUGACUCCCUACUACUAACACAAAGGACAACCCAGGGAGCCCCGUCUUCGCAAGGACAACGUAUUGGACUAUAGAACACAUGUUUACCAUAUAUGGGAUUGUGUUCAGGGCAUUCAUGGAACAAUGACAUGCAAUUUGUGGAAGCAAUAUGGAUAUCGUCUGGAUAUCGUCACCGUUUGUUUGAAAAGAAACCAAUGUGUUUAGCAUAAACCUAUUUAAUGUUUUAAGUACACAUGGUCAUUUGUGUACAAGUUACAAAGUCGACAGAGAUGUUCAUGUCUGAUACUACAACAUACGGUAAAGGGAUGGGAGGUUGUUUUUUUUUUUUUUUGGGGGGGGGGGGGGGGGGGGGGUUAAUGUCCAUUAUUAUGUGUGAAAUAAAUAUGUUUGUUCUUAGAUUCAAAACGACUAUCCUCAUUCCGAGAGAAUCGACAAUUCAUAAAAAUACUUUGAUCUACAUGUAACUUGUGUAUUGACAAAAUGAUUUUAAUAGUAUUGAUGUCACCACGUGACUGGUCAAUUAUUGGACACUUUCUUUUAAUUGUACC